UGAUUCAUGUAAACAGUACACAAGGGGAACAUCAGCUGACUCAUGUAAACAGUAGGGGACAUCAGCUGACUCGUGUAAACAGUAAACAAGGGGACCAUCAGCUGAACGGGUGUAAACAGUAAACAAGGAGUCAACUGAGCGGGUGUAAACAGUGAUCUAGGAGGAGUCAGGGACAGAAUCAAAGGUUGUUGCACUAGUUCCCGAUGGUAAGGAGCAACCAUGAAGAUCCAGUUUGGCGAGAAGGGUGAGGUGUCGUGGGAUGUGCUGGUGGAGACCCUUGGUGCCGAGGAGCUGCAGGAGGAGCACCCCCACAAGGCACCCACCUGCACUCAGAGGUUGCGGAAGCAGUUCUGUGGAGGCUCAUGGCUGACGCUGGCUUUUGUGGUGUGUGUGGUGACCCUCACGCAGCUGUGGCUGUUCCUGUACUUUCUCAGCACCUGGGAUGCAAGCCCUGUCACACACCUGGUCUUUACAGAUGACCAAGGAAAUGUACGGCAUGUCCACUUCUCAUGGUCAAACUGUGGCAGCCAAUCAGACCCAGUGCUGCUGAAGCAACUGCAAGUCAAUCCAGAUCCUGUGAUGCUAAACAGCAACAUAACUCUGACUCUGAAUGCAUUCCUGGAUCUCACCCUUGAUGCUCCUAUUUCGGCUGCAGUUAAGGUGGAACGCAAGGUGGGGUGGUGGUGGGUGAAGAUCCCUUGCCUGGACAGCCUGGGGUCCUGCCAUUACAAGAACGUGUGUGACCUGAGCCCCAUCCUGCCCCCUGAUCCAUGCCCCGACCCCUUCCCCAGGUUUGGACUCCCCUGCCGCUGUCCCAUCACCAGGGGCCAGUAUAAGGUGAAGGGAGGAGUGUUCAGCAUCUCCCCCAUUGUUAGCUACCUUCCCGCCUGGCUGGUCUCGGGUGAUUACUACAUCCAUGGGACAGCUCAGAAGGGUGGCAUCACGCUCGGAUGCUACAACCUCUAUGUCUCAGUCUCCCACUAAACCUCAGCCCAUCCCAGCACCUCCUUUUAUGUGGAAGAUGUGACAGACUUUUGAGUUGAUAUACCUAAUAGUUGCUCACAGUUUUUCUUAUUUUAUCUUAUUUUUUAUUUUUUAGCUAGUGUAUCAUCUUCCCCUCAAGCUA